GUGGCUCGGCGCGGCGGCCGCCUCCACCUUCCUUCUUUCCCUCCACCCGGAGUCCAUUCAGAGUCCUCCCUGGAUGGGAUGGUCCGCAUAUACCAUCGGUCUACUCGGUGCCCGGUCCCGCGCGAUAUUUUGUGACUGCCUCUGUCUGUGCGGUGCUCGUGACUUUAGCCUGUGCUUCUCGGCUCCCUAGAUCCGUCGAGGAAUAGGGAGGUCGACAUGACCCAGUUGGGAUUGCGAUUCGUCGCAACCGCAGUUUGCCUGGCCGGGAUUGCUAGUGCGCAAUAUAAUUCCACAUGGUCGCAGAAACCGCCUCCGGUCGUGCCGCUGGACACAGCACGAGGUGAUAUUCAUAUCGGAAAGCCCACAAACGGUAGCGAUGACGAUGGUAAUUCGGAAUGGAAUUACAACACUGGGUUCACGGACGAAGGAGACUACGAUACGGAAAGGCGGAACUACAAUUCUACUGGUCAUCACAGUCCCGACGAGAGGACUCGAUGGAAUAUUCACAGAAACAGGAGCGAUCCUUACGAUCCUCGAUGGUACCAUCGCAAUCGAGCAUCGCAGAGCGGCUACGACAAUAGGUAUCCUGAAAGUGGCAGUUCCUCAGGAUCCAGAACUGACGAAAAUCGACCGGAUCCCGGUCACAGCGACGGAUUCGACACGUAUAGCGGCGCCGGCGAAAGUGAGCGGGGAGGAGGAUCCUACAACUAUCAAGGAGGAUCUAGUGAUCCUUAUGGCGGCAGCGAUCCUUAUGGAAGCCGUGAUCCUUACGGAAGUCGUGAUCCUUACGGAAGCCGUGAUCCUCACAGAGGAGGCUAUGGGGCGGGAGGUGCGGAUUCUUAUGGUCGAAGAACCGACGACGGUCGCGGCGGUGGUCGUGGCGAUCCUUACGGAGGAGGUCGCGGCAGUGGCGAUUCUCACGGAGGAGGUCGCGGCAGUGGCGAUGCUUACGGUGGCGGCCGUGGUAGUUAUGGCAAUUAUGGCGAGGACAACGAAAAUUAUCCGAGUAAUUUUCAAGUAGUGCCUAUGCCUGGGGCACCUCGAAACUGCACUGGAUCUGGGUGCUGCGUACCCAAGUGUUUCGCCGAGAAAGGAUCACGGGGACCGCCAGGAAUAGUCGGACCGCAAGGUCCUAAAGGACAACGAGGAUUUCCAGGAGCAGAAGGUCUUCUAGGACCCAAAGGUGAAAAAGGAGAUCCCGGCCCGCAAGGUCCACAUGGUGCGAAAGGUGACAGAGGAAAAAUGGGUAUGCCUGGCUUUCCCGGUAUAAACGGUGUGCCGGGAAUACAAGGAUCUCCAGGAUCCCCUGGUUUGCCUGGUCGUGAUGGUUGCAACGGAACAGAUGGUCAGCCCGGCCAUCAUGGUCUUCCCGGAGAACCCGGACCUCGUGGUUAUAAAGGUCCACAGGGUUCUAAGGGAGAUAAGGGUCAACCAGCGUACGCCGGUGCUUUCCCGGUGGGUCAAAAGGGUGAACCUGGUAUGGACGGUGUAAGAGGUCCCCCCGGUCCUCCUGGAGUGCAAGGAGACCGGGGUUUCUCUGGUUUAAAGGGCGAACAAGGUCCUUAUGGUGCUCCAGGCGUGCCAGGUCCGAAAGGUGCGAAAGGAAAUAUGGGUCUUGGAUUCGAAGGGAUAAAGGGAGAAAAGGGUGUGAAGGGAGAACAAGGACUUCCGGGUACAACCGCGCCCAUUAUGCCGUUCGAAGGAACCUCGGAAGUCACGGGUCCGCCUGGAGAACAAGGAUUAAGAGGAGACAAAGGUGAAAUGGGACCGGAAGGACAAAAAGGAGAGCCAGGAUUUAUAGGUGAUCAUGGCAUACCUGGAGGACCAGGCCACAAAGGAGAAAAAGGUCUUCCAGGAGCUCCAGGCAUUCGUGGUAGAGAUGGUUUCUCUGGACCUCCUGGGCCUCCUGGACGAAAGGGCGAUCGAGGUAUUGACGGAUUGGAAGGACUUUCUGGACGACCCGGCAAAAAAGGAGAACCCGGCCAGGAUGGACCUAUGGGAGUUCCAGGAUUGCGAGGACCUCCUGGUCCGCCGGGAGGCGGUAAAGGAAGGCCGGGACCACCAGGACCGAAAGGACCACGUGGUUUUCCAGGACCUACGGGGCCGCGAGGAACAGAUGGUUUUCCGGGAGAUCCAGGACCGAGAGGUCCCAUAGGUUUGCAAGGAGGCCCUGGUUUACCUGGAAUUCCAGGUCCAGAAGGUUUCCCCGGAGAAAAGGGCGGAAAGGGUGAGCCUGGCUUGACCGGAUUUCCCGGAGGUCCAGGACCGCGUGGAUUCGACGGACCACCCGGACCGGCAGGACCGCGAGGACCGCCAGGAGAGAAGGGAUUGUCGAUAAUGGGUCCGAAAGGAAUAGAUGGAACGCCCGGUUUCGACGGAGAGAAAGGUCAAAAGGGAGAACGAGGUUACGGAGGUGUUCGAGGUCGACCGGGAGAUUCUCUGGAUGGUAUUCCAGGAAUUCCGGGUGCACCGGGUGAAAAAGGAGAAGCGGGAGUGGCAGGAAGAGACGGCUUACCGGGUAUUCCUGGAGCAAUUGGAGAGAAAGGAGAUAUCGGCGGUCGUUGCAUAGAUUGUAUACCGGGACUGCGAGGCGUUAAAGGAGACCGUGGUGCAGACGGUAUUCCAGGACUUACUGGACCUCGAGGACCGCCAGGAGAACGCGGUUUCCCUGGAGAAUCCGGCGUCGAUGGUUUACCGGGAGCGAUUGGACCGCCAGGACCAUCAGGAAAAGAUGGUAUACCCGGUUCUCCAGGACCUCAAGGUGAGCCUGGAACCCCAGCAACGGUGACAUAUAAUAUGCUUAGAUUAGAGAAGGGAGAUAAAGGAGUGCGCGGAGAACUGGGUCGACAAGGCCCGCCAGGACCAGAAGGACCUGCGGGAGAAAAGGGCAGACCUGGAUUCGAAGGUUUUCCGGGACUCAAAGGAACGCCGGGAGAUCGAGGGUUUCCUGGACAAGAUGGAGUUCCAGGAAGACCGGGCACGCCUGGACGUAAAGGAGAGAAAGGAUUAAGUAUAAAAGGUGAAUCCGGUGAAUCAGGUCGACCAGGAUCUCCAGGACAAAAGGGAGAACCUGGUUUAUAUGGCUCUAAAGGAGAACCUGGUCAAUGCCCGCCACUGAACACAAUCAAAGGCUUUAAAGGCGAUCGUGGUUUAACCGGUGACAAGGGAGAACCUGGAUCACCCGGUGAAGAUGGAUUACCUGGUGAUAGAGGAUUGCAAGGUUUCUCAGGUCCACCUGGUGCAGGCGGUCCUAUCGGUGCUCCUGGCCCAGUGGGUCCACGUGGUUUACCAGGUCCGCGCGGUGACAAGGGUAACAUGGGGCCGAUGGGUUUCCCAGGAGAACCUGGCCGAGAAGGACCUAGAGGUUUCCCGGGCGCUCCGGCUCCGAAGGGUGACAAGGGAGAGCCUGGAAUAUCAGUCAAGGGUAGUCCUGGUUUAGCAGGUCCUCAGGGUGAAAAGGGAGAGAAAGGCCUGCCUGGACCACCAGGAAAAGAAGGUCCGGAUGGCUAUCCGGGAUUACCAGGUUUUGCUGGCGAGAAAGGAGAGAUCGGCGCACCGGGAAUAAAUGGCUUGCCUGGAGCGUUCGGUGAGAAAGGAGAUACCGGUCCAGUCGGCCCACCUGGUCCUCCAGGAGUCGCCGGUCUUCCGGGAACCGACGGAAGCAAAGGCGAACCAGGAUUACCGGGAGAACCUGGUAGAUCGGGUCUUCCUGGAUUCCCUGGAGCGAAGGGUGAUCGCGGUGAACCAGGUAUCGACGGACCAAAAGGAUAUCCUGGCAGACGAGGUUUGCCUGGUACUCCAGGUAGACCUGGCGUGGAUGGUCCAUCGGGUAUAAAGGGGGAACACGGUGAUCAAGGUUCACCAGGAUUCCCAGGAUUACCGGGUAUGGAAGGAAAGCCUGGACGUCCUGGAAUAUCAGGUCUGAAAGGAGAUCAAGGAUUGCCUGGCGCGUCAGGUUUACCAGGUCUUAUCGGUUACGAAGGAAUUAAGGGCGAUAUUGGUCUACCUGGUCUACCGGGAAGAAAAGGAGAGCCGGGUCAAGUUUCGGAAAAAGGACAGAAAGGUGAGCCAGGAAUGCCUGGAAUACGAGGUCCUCAAGGUCCACCAGGACGCGAUGGUAUCGAUGGAGCGAAAGGUGAGCCUGGCAGACCAGGCAUCGGUCGUGAUGGAUUGCCUGGAUUGAAGGGUGAGUCAGGCGCACCAGGUCGGGACGGAUUACCAGGCUUGCAAGGCCAAAAAGGUGAUACCGGCGUACGAGGAUUCCCCGGAAUGAAAGGCGAUUUGGGUCCAUCAGGUGUUUCCGGAGAACCAGGACCACCCGGUAUAGAUGGCCUUCCUGGAGAAAUUGGUGAUGUUGGAUCACCGGGAUCACCUGGUUUCCCUGGACUUGAUGGUGAAAUAGGUUCUCCUGGACGACCUGGACUUGAUGGUGUCAAAGGAGAUCGCGGUUUACCAGGACUCGUCGGAUUGCCUGGCAUUCCUGGAGCCUUUGGAGACAAAGGAGAUCGCGGCCCUCCGGGACCAACAAUACAGAUUAAGGGAGAAAAAGGUGAACCAGGUAUUCCUGGAUUCCCUGGAGGACCAGGUGAGAAAGGAGAUCAAGGUCUGCUCGGUAUCGCUGGUUACGAUGGCGAGAAAGGUGACAGAGGUUUGCCUGGACUCGAAGGAGAACCGGGACCUCAUGGUGCCCCUGGACCUAAAGGCGAACAAGGACCUUCUGGUAUUCCUGGCGUUUCUGGAAUUACGAUAAAGGGCGAGAAGGGUUUGCCUGGUUUACCAGGUAAGCACGGUCGAGACGGUUUUCCAGGACGAAUCGGAGAGAAAGGUGAACUAGGAUUACCUGGCCUGCCUGGACCGAAAGGAGAUGCUGGUCCUUAUGGACCGAUUGGACCACAAGGAGGAAAAGGAGAUCAAGGACCGCCGGGUUUGACCGGACCACCAGGACGCGACGGAGCUCCAGGUCUUGCAGGCGUACCAGGAUUUACUGGAGAUAAAGGUUCGAAGGGUGAUCAAGGACUGCCUGGAUUGUACGGCGCCCCAGGACAGAAAGGAGAAUCCGGUCCGCCAGGACCGAAUGGAUUGGAUGGACCUCCAGGAGAGAGAGGCGAGCGCGGUUGGGACGGAGUGAAUGGUCUACCUGGACCAGUUGGCGAGAAAGGUGAUAGAGGUUAUCCUGGUGCAGUUGGAUUGGCGGGUAUUAUUGGUUACGCAGGUCUGAAAGGAGACAAAGGUGACGACUGUAUCGAGCCGCCGAUGGGACCUAAAGGCGAUCGCGGAUAUCCUGGACCGGCUGGCCCGCCUGGCCCGUCAGGAGAAAAAGGACUUCCAGGUCCGCCUGGCUUCCCCGGCUUAGACGGUAUCAAAGGCGCUCAAGGUUUCAUCGGUCCAGCAGGACCUCCCGGAUUACCGGGAUUACCGGGACCAGUCGGUGCGUCCGGUCUGCCGGGUCUUCAAGGUCCUGUCGGUUCGCCAGGACUUAUCGGUGAGCCCGGCGCGCCCUGCGAAACGACGCCUGAUUAUCUUACCGGUAUCUUGCUGGUCAAGCAUAGUCAAAGUCAAAGCGUGCCAGUUUGCGAGGCUGGCCACAUCAAGCUUUGGGAAGGAUACAGUUUACUCUACACCGAUGGCGAUGAAAGAGCGCAUUCUCAAGACUUAGGUUACGCCGGCUCGUGCGUAAGAAAGUUCUCGACAAUACCUUUCUUGUUCUGCGACGUCAACAACGUCUGUCAGUACGCUAGUCGCAAUGAUCGUUCUUAUUGGUUAUCGACUAAUAGUCCAAUUCCCAUGAUGCCUGUCGAAGAGACGGCGAUAGAAGAAUACAUCUCCAGGUGCGUGGUGUGCGAAGUUCCGGCUAAUGUGAUAGCAGUACACAGUCAAUCGAUAAGCAUUCCAGAAUGUCCGGCAGGAUGGACCGGUCUUUGGAUCGGUUAUAGUUUUGUUAUGCACACCGGCGCAGGUUCUCAGGGCGGUGGUCAGUCCCUGUCGAGUCCUGGUUCCUGCCUCGAGGACUUCCGCGCCACACCGUUCAUCGAGUGCAACGGCGCCAAAGGACACUGCCAUUACUAUUCUAAUCAGUACAGCUUCUGGAUGGUGACCAUAGAAGAUGGCCAGCAGUUCAGAAGCCCCGAGAAACAAACUCUAAAGGCGGGCAAUCUUAGGUCCCGAAUAAGUCGCUGCCAAGUUUGUAUAAAGAAUACGUAAAACACACGCGCCACUGUUAUACGCAGAAAAAGACACACGCAUACACACACAAACAUAAACACACAUACACACACACACACACACACACACACACGUACACAGUACACUUCUUUUUCCUCUUUCUUUUUUACACGAGAAGCGAAACUGUCAUUACGAGUAUAAACAAGCAGUGUUUGAAACCGAUUGCAAUUCCGCCGAGUUCAGAUCGCGAGAGACCGGAGAUACGCGAAAACGAUCUCCACGAUUUUAUUCGAGACAAUGAAUGCGCAUGUUCGUCGCAUCCCCGCGGCAUGGAACAUCGAACUCGUCGGAAUAGCGCCGGGAGUCGAUCCCUGAUAACAAGGAAGAAAAGAGCGAUAACGUCUCGCGAUGGAGCGACGGAACGGAAGUUUGCAGGACUCGCGCUCGAUCCGUGCCGGCGACAUCGAAAUAAAGUGAACGACGCGUCCUUCUUUCUUGUGAUUCCCUCUGCCGGGUGUGUUCCGCAACCGCGUCUUGUCUUCAUUAUUUCCUGCCCCCUCGCCCCUCACCGUCUACGUUUUGUCCUGGAUAACUUCUUUUCCCGAGAGCCACUCUCCUCGCUCGUUACCCGCUCUUUUAUCUUCCCCCGUGAGCGCGCUUCUUUCUUUCUUCCGCCAUAUGUGUUUUUUUUCUCUCUCUCUCUUUUUUUAUUUUAUUCUAUGUAUAACUAUUCAAGCAAGUGCCUUUAGCGUACUACUCUAGCAUGUAAAAUAAUAUAUAUUUAUAUCUCGUAUGAAUCUCGUAUUGAAGUCUAAGGUUAUCGUACUACCACGGACACUGCCCAUAUCCAAUAUGGCACAUUUACAUAUUGUAUAUUAAUAUAAACGAUCUUAGCCUGGUAAUCGUGUGACGCCAAAUAUUUAAAUAAAUAGGUAUUUUGCUACGUAGCUAAUAAAAUUCUAUUUUCAAACCUCA